GUUACGCUAUGGCGCAGAUAUAUCGAAAUACAUAUAUGACACCCUGACCAGCUUUGGGAUAGAGAUAGCAGCUCAAUUGUGGACAGCGACUCAAAUUAACAUUGCUCUGGAGAGUCUCAUUUCUCAAAUUCUUCAUCUUUUCACAGCCGGUUACAAUGGCCUCCACACUCACAUCCGUACCGUCGAACCCGAAAUCGAAAGAUCAGCUAGGUGACGGUGCCAUCAUCCAUGAGAGUGUACCGCUCGAAGAUGCCCAAGAUGCCAACGCUCAAGAGCACGACCUAACCUUUUGGGAAGCCCUCAGGCUCUAUCCCAAAGGAGUGUUCUGGAGCAUUGCCAUGUCCUCGGCUGUCAUAAUGGAAGGCUACGACACAAAGUUGAUUGGAACACUGUUUGCCCAACCCACAUUCCAAAAGCAAUACGGCGUGCAUGUCAAAGGCAAUUCGUAUCAAAUCACGGCCGCAUGGCAGACUGGAUUGGGCAAUGGAUCCACUGUUGGACAGCUCAUGGGUCUCCUUCUAGCAGGAUAUCUGAGUGAACGAUUUGGGUUCCGUCGAACGUUACUCUGCGGUAUGGUGUCAAUCAUCGGUCUUAUAUUCAUCCAAUUCUUUGCUCCGAACCUCAUUGUCCUCGUGGUUGGACAAAUUCUGUUCGGAAUACCACUUGGACUGUUCCAGACAACACCGGUGAUUUACGCACUCGAGAUCUCGCCAAUGUGUCUUCGUGCAUACUUGACCAACUAUGUCAACUUUUGCUGGGCCUUCGGUCAAAUUAUCGCGACGGGACUGAUGCGAGGCGUCCUAAGCCGAACCGACGAGUGGGCCUAUCGAAUCCCCUUCGGUGUACAAUGGGUUUGGCCUGUAAUCAUGAUACCGAUCAUCUACUUCGCGCCGGAAUCCCCAUGGUGGCUCGUACGCAAGGAUCGAGUCGAAGAGGCUCGCGCUGUCGUCCAGAAACUUACCUCUCCUGCAAAUGUCAAUUUCGAUGUUGACAAGAAUGUCGCCUUGAUGGUAGUCACAACCGAGUACGAACGAAUGGUCAGCUCAACAACAUCGUACAAGGGAUGCUUUGAGGGUGUGAAUCUCCGACGAACCCUCACAAUGAUCGGCAUCUACUGCAUCCAGACUCUCAACGGCAACCCUCUACGCGGUUUCUCCACUUACUUCCUGCAACAAGCUGGUCUGCCAACUUCGCAAGCAUUCAACAUGACCAUCGUAGGUUUCGGCGUAGCUAUUCUUGGUGGCUUCUUCUCGUGGGUACUACUCCCCCUCUUCGGCCGACGAACCAUCUACGUCAACAGCCUCGUCCUCAUGUUCAUUCUCAUGAUCCUCGUCGGCGGCCUCGGCAUCCCGCAAGCCGAAUCCGCAAAGACGACCUACCCCUGGGCCAUCGGCUCCCUCCUCAUCAUCUCCUCCUUCCUCUACAACUGCUCCAUCGGACCCCUAACCAACACCCUCUGCUCUGAGAUCCCGUCCGCCCUGCUCCGCAGCAAAUCCUUAGUCAUAGCCCGCUGGUCGUACGCCGUCUCGACUAUCAUCGCGGGAAUCCUGACGCCCUAUCAACUGAACCCGACGGCGUGGAAUUGGGGCGCGAAGACGGGGUUCUUUUGGGCGGGUGGGUGUCUGAUUUCGAUUGUGUUUGCGUUCUUUUAUGUUCCGGAGCCGAAGGGGAAGACGACGGCCGAGAUGGAUAUCUUGUAUGAGAAGAGGACGCCUGCUCGCCACUUCUCGAAGGCGGAGGUUGAUCUCGUGCAGACGGUUGCGGGCGUGGAAAAUGAGAAGGUGUGAGUUUUGCUGUCGUGUUGGAGGCGGUGGGCAGUCGGUAUUGAGGAUUUGGCGAGCAUAUUUAAGGUCCGAAGAUGGUGGUUCGUAAAGAUUAGGUGGUGAUUUGUAUAUAUUUCGAAUUGUGUAGAGCAAUAUUUAAGCAAGAGCAAUUGGUGGUGUUGAUUUGGUAAUUUCUGCGGCGAACUAUUAUGC